UAACAGUUCAUAACAAGUUCAAGACCCGGCUCUUACGAUUCUUCGUUGACAGAAGCGUAUCGUUGCUAUUUCAGUUGUUAUUUUAACAGAUUUCAGAGACCUGUUUGAGUUCAAGUGGCUUCUUGUUUCUGCAGACAGGUUUGUAGAUGUUAUUUUGUAUGAAUUCCUUUUGGUUUCUCCCGAAAUGUCUCCGGAUUUGUGUUUGUUGGAAUUGUAAACAAAACAGGCCGUCUUUGACAACCAGCAAAUAUUCAACAUUUUGAAGCCCAUUUUGCUUACGUUUUCCUUUAGAUUACUGUUGUAUUAUCUAUUCCUUCAUUUACCAGCUUGUUUGCCUAUCAUAUUUAGACGCACGUUGUAAGUAUUUCGGUAAUUCUGGAGCCACCACGGUUGUUUCGACCCCCAAAUUGACCUCAAAUCUGAUCAUGUUUAUGAACGGCCCACACAAAAACGUCAUCGAUUCACCUCAACCGCAGUCUGUGACUUUAGCCACCAGUCCGUAGCCCAAGUCUAGUAAACUUUUCUUUCAGUCUAGUAAGCUUUGCUAAUAAAGGUCCAUACAUGAACACUAAGAUGAUCUUAGAUCUACUGAAAAUGAUGGGGUGUUGUCUAAACCGUCAUCGGUUUCUGUGGGCUAAAACGCUAAAGCUUUGUUUCGCAAAACAAGUCUAGGGAAGAUCCAUCAAACUGACAGGUUUUGGCAAGCAGCAAGUUACUGCCACAGGCUGUCAAACGCACUGUGAUAUUUUCCAGUCCCUGUGCUUUCGAAAAUUGAGAAUGAUGUCUUAGGCCUUCAAAAGGCCUAAUAAUAUUUUUAGUCAGAUCUGGUUGGAAUCCUAACUGCACAUCAAGUCCAGUAAUCUUCUGUUCCUGAUUUCAAACUACUUUCAUUAUUUAAUGAUGAUACAUGUGAUAUAGAAGAAUGUCCUUUGAAAGGUUGAUCAAAUGAUGAAAAUUUACUCAUGUCAUUUAAUUGAUAUCUCAAAUCAAAAGUCAGUAACUAUGUCGAACGACUAUGAAUGUACAUUACCAGUGACUAUACAUAUUCCAUACUUUUAUGUUCUAUUGCAGUUAUUUCUUUUUUCCUCUUUAUUAUUCUUCUUAUUAUUCUCUUUCUUCUAAACAGAUACUUUUUGUGGACUUGUUUAAAUAAAGAUGAAUUAUGACAAUAUUAUUAUUUUCUCACCCUGUAACAGGUCCUAGGUUGUUUUUUUAAUUACCUCAUUGUCAUUACUACAUGCCUAGCAAGUGUGGGAGACAUGUACUUUGCCAGUCACACUGUCUUCAUAACGACUUUUGGUAUUUAGCUUUUAGCCAUGAAAUAUGCUUAUAGUUAUAACAUAAAAGCAUCUUUCGAUAUAAAAAAGCCCACUCUAUUUAUACUGAUGAAACAUCAAGAUGUUAGAAGUAACUUCAUGUCUAUCUUGUUGACAGGUUUCUGUUGUUUUGAUCGAUUAUCUGGAUUCUACAGUUUUUCCUGUGUUUCACCUUGAUCUGGUGCAAAGAUCAACUCUAGAGAGACACAACAUGCUGUGUCCCAGUGAGAGUUGGGUGAACCUGGAUGACCCUCCCUGCCCCGACACUGAUGCUGUCAUCCCCUCCAGUCCUACAAUGAGGUCCACCAGCCUAAUAUGCCCCACCCCUAGAUCCUCCAUCUUCUACAAUAGCAUCCUACAACAGUUUGAACAACCUAUUUCCUUCCCAUCCUUCAUCCCAAACCAGUAUCUGAAUAUUCAUAAUGCAGGUUUUUUCAGUCCAAAUACUAGUGUGCUUCAUUCAGACUAUCCUAACUUUACUUCUAACUGUACUGAUUUCGAUGUUUCCACCUUCCAGCCUCUUCAAGUUGACAGCGCAUGCAGCCUACAUCAAGAAACAAUCAGCCAGACUUCAUUGGGCCCGGGUUUCGAUGUUUCCAGCUUCCAGCCUCUUCCUGUUGACAGUGAAUGCAGUCUGGAUCUUACAACAUUUAGCCAGACUUCAUUGGGCCCGGAUUUUGAUGAUUCUACAUUCCAGCCGCUUCCAAUUGACAGUGAAUGCAGCAUAGGUGAAGCAGCAAUCAGCCAGGCAUCAUUGGGCCCAGAUAUAGCUGUUUCGAGCUUCCAGCCUCUUCCGGUCGACAGUGAAUGCAGCCUGGAUCUACCAACAAUCAGCGAGACGUCAUUGGGCCCAGAUUUUGAUGAUUCCACAUUCAGGAAGCUUCAGGUUGACAGUGCUUGCAGCCUAGAUCAAGCAUCAAUCAGCCAGACGUCAUUGGGCCCUGAGUUUCAUGAUUCCACCUUCAGGCUGCCUUCAAUUACCAGUGCAUGCAGUCUAGAUGAAGAAACAAUCAGCCAGACGUCAUUGGGCCCAGAUUUGGAUGAUUCCAUCUUCAGCAGUGAAAGCAACCUGUCACAAGACUACAGCCAGACUUUGAUGAAAUCCUUUGUCAGCCCUGUUCCUGGGCGCAGUGGUUCCAGCCUGUCUCAGACCAUCAGCCAAGUAUCAAGUAUUGAGGAUUUCAGUGAAUCCAUCCUCAUAGCCUAUUCCUUUCAGCUGUGAAUCCAGUCACAAGAUAUCAGCCAGAAUGAAUGAAAGUUUUGGCAAGAGCUCAAUUUAAACUUUAUCCCAGAUUGCCCAGUUUCUUUUUGAAAUAUACUAAACAUGUAAAAGCAGAAAGAAACGAUUUACCAUUACCAUAACCCCCCUUCUGCACUUGUAAUGCAUUUUCUCAUUUCGGGUUUCUUUUGUAUUUCAACAGAUUUCUUCUUUGAAUUAGUCCCAGGAUAAUAAUCUUAUGAAGGUUGCAGUAGCUCUCCUGCUGUGGACCUUGGCUUCAUUUCAUUUCAGAUCUAUUCAGGUGCCAUUACUGUGUCGAGCAACAGAGAUCCAAGAUCUAGCUCCAGCCAAAACUCCAUCCACCUUGGUGACCCCUUCCUUGGCUCAGGACUCAAGAUUUAGUUUGAACUUCAUGUAUAUCCACCUGCCCUUCUACUCUUUUCAGGGGCGGUCGGGUAGCCUAGUGGUUAAAGCGUUCGCUCGUCAGGCUGAAGACCCGGGUUCGAUUCCUGACAUGGGUACAAUGUGUGAAGCCCAUUUUCUUUCCAGAAACUCUUAAAUGAUUGUCCCAAAUACAAGCUGCUGGAACCAUAACUUGAUUCUGUGAAAGAGAUUUGUCAGUGACAUGAUUCCCAGUCUCACUGGUAGCCAAUGCAGUUCUUUCAGGACCGGUGUUAUGUGGUAGGGAAUUAAGCAUUGUGUGAUGAGCCUGACGCCUGUAUUUAGCACACACUGUAUCUCGUGCAAAUGACUUUGCUGAAUGUCCUGCAGGGGAUAUUAUUAUAAGAUUAAAGCACAAAAUGCAGCAAAUUGGGUUUGGGUGAUCCUGGCACAGUCAGGCUGGUUAGGCUUAUAAUCAGCUCAGGGUUCUUGCCCCCUCUACACCCAGCCCAGACAGCAAAUGGGAAUUCUCCCAGGAAGCGCUGCCUAGUCAAACCCACUAAGAAUGUUUUGGAGAAAGUGAAAACUCCCCAACACUGCAACCUUCUGCAAUACACAUAUUGUCAGAAGGGCUUUAUUCCUAGCAACAAACCUGGGUACUCUCCCAAUUUCAGUCAACAGAUUGGGAGGUACCAAACCUAAGGCACCGAGAACAAUGAGGAGUUGUCAACUUGGUUCUUGGGAUGUAAGCGUGACAUUUCGAAAGCGAGGUCUGCAUAUUUGCCAUGUUUUUCCUCAAUCUUGUUAAUCACAUUAGUGUCAAAAGGGACAGAAAAUUCAAUAACAGAAAUGAUUUCAUUCGACUUUUCAGGUUUGUCAGGUUUGUUGGCCUGGACAGGUGUGAGGCUGUAUACUGGCCUAUUCCAAAGAAUUUUGUAUUGAUGAUUUUCUAUGACGCCCUCUACAUAUUGUUGGUCUGCUGUGGGUGGAUUUGACUGAUCUGGCACAGUCAGGCUUGUUAGGCUCAUCAUCAGCUCAGGGUCCUUGCCUCCUCUACAUGUUGCCCAGACAGCAAAUGGGACUUCUCCCAGGAAGGGCUGCCAAGUCAAACCGUCCCAGAACAUUUCUGAGAAUGUUAAGACUCCCUAACACUGCAGCCUUCUGCAUUACCCAGAUUGUCAGAAGGGCUGUAUUUCUGGCAACAAACCCGGGUACUCUCCCAAUGUCAGUCAACAGAUUUGGAGGUACUAAACCUAAGGCACCAAGAACAAUGGGGAGUCGGACAACUUGGUACUUGGGUUGCGAGCGUGCUACAUACUGACAGUAAUUGGCAUCAUUCACUAUCACCAAAGAUCAGUUAUUUUAGGAGUUUACCUGCUUUUCAUUGGCAACCUGGUCUUUCAUGGUUUUUCACUUGUGGCAUCAUAAACAUU